AUGGAAAACAAUAGAUUUUAUUCAAAUCAAUCAUGUCAGAAAGAAUUAGAGUAACAACUAAAGGAUUCAUUUCUAGAAAUUAAACUCUUAAAAUAAGAGAACAAAUAUUUGUAAUUUCGCUUUUUUUAAUUAUCAUAUAGAUCAUCUACUUUUGAAGAUUUUAAAUUAAAACAAGAGGAAACUAGAAAAUUGCAAUCCUUAGUAGUUGAAUUAGAAUAAAGAGUGUUAACUUUGGAGGAAGAAAAUGCUAAAUUGGAUGCUGAAAUAGGAUACCUAAGAGGAUUUUCAUAAAGCAAAGAAGUUUAGGUAAAUUAGAAAGCUAGUUAUACAUAAUUGGAGCAAGAGUUAUCUGAUUUGUAGGUUUACUUAAGAAAGUAUAUAUAAUUAUAGGAGUUUUAUAGCCUAAUUGAACAAGUGCCUAAUAUUAAUAUGUAAUUAUGUUGGAAGGAAAUUAAUCAGAUAUUUAAAAAUCAAUUCAAUACUAACUAGUAAAUUUAGAAUUUACAAGAUGAGUUAAAACUGAUUGAGACUACUUAUAAAGAACUUGUUCAUUCUAAAGAUAAUAAUUUGACACCUUUAUAAGAGAUGGCUAAAUGUAUUAAUACAUUAUAAAAUUCAGAGCAAAGCAUAAGAGAAUCAAGAGUAGAAAUAGAGAGAAUAAGAAAAGAAGUUCAAUUAAAAUAGAUGGAUUUAAAAUAAUCAGACACAAAAUUAAGUGAGUUACAAAAUGAGUUUACAUACAUCAGUAAAAUUGAGACUAGAAAAAACAAUGUUUAAAUGGAGGCUGAAAAACAACUAAUUGACUUUAGAAGGGGGAUCUCGACUACAAAAAAUUCUAAUCAUAAUGUUUCAUUAAUGAGAGACACUUUCAAAGAAAGAGAUACUUAUUAAGAAAUGAUACCUGAGAGAUUAAGGGAUUAAUCGGAUGUACUUCCAAUCACUUCCUCAAUAAAGAGAAUACAAAGACCCUAUAUAGAGAUCAAUGAUAGAUUUGAUGAUUAUCAAGAUGCAGCGAAGACUCCAAUUGAAAAAACCAUUGAUUAAACCAGAAAGAAGUUAAGUAGACAAUUAAGUUAAGCAAGUAGUCUUCGUGAUUAAAAAUAUAUUUGA